AAAGCAUACCAUCUCCUCUCCUCUCUCUACUUUCAUCUCAUGGCUGCUCCGGCUCUCAAGUUCGCCGCCGUCAUGCUCCUGGCCGCCCUCUGCGCGGCGGCGCUCGCCCCGGCCACGUCGGGACAGCCGACGGACGCGCUAGCAACGUGCAUCGGGCGCUGCGGGUGUGUGCCCUGCCCGAAAGGGAAGGUCUGCAUCGCUAUUUGCACUCCCCCGCCGCCCUGCGCGGCCAGAUGCCGCUGCACCUAUUCCGGCACGGGCUGCUAGGCGGCUGAGACCCACGGCACCGUCCGUCAGGAAGCCUGGCAGCGCAAGCGCUGAAGGCAGCAGCUAGAACGUUCCACUGUGUAUUGUACGCCCUGUCUUUCCAUGCAUGCAUGUUUCAUGCGUGCGUCUGUGUGCUGUGAUGUGGUAAUAAAGUGUACACGGAUCGAUCUGUCAGAUAAAAAUAAAUAAACAGAAAUGUCAUUUUCGUUUCA